AUGUUAAAAAUACACUUGUGCCAUAUUUUAAUUACAUUUUUUGUAUUUUUGUGCUUUUUAAACAGCAAUUUUUGUUUGGAAAGAGGUGACGAUUGCAAUGCGGAUGAUUUCGUGGGCGUCUGCAAGACUAUACACGAGUGUCCAUACGCCAUUUUUUUGGUUGAAGUUGAACUAAAAUAUCCGCCAAUGUGCAAAUGGGAAGAAAUGACUCCUAUUGUGUGCUGUGACGAUUGCAAUGUGAGUGAUGUCGUGGGCAUUUGUAAGAGCAUAUUUGACUGUCCAUAUGCAUUCCAUCUAGUUAAUGUCGAAGAAAAGAAACCUCCGAUGUGCAAAUGGGAAGAAACAACUAGAAUUGUGUGCUGCCCUACA